AUGCUGUCCUGCGCGCACCAGCACCAUCACCCCGGCCCAGUGACGGCACGGAACUCUCUAGCAAGGGGCCAUCCGGUUGUUGCUGCUGCUGCUGUUGGUGCUUGCGUUCCCUGCCCCAGAGACCCUGACCCCAAGCGAAACCUUGGAACCCACGCAGCCUGGUUGCUGGCCAUUCAUCGCUUCAUCUCAAGGGCGUGCGACUCGGGCUCCGCCCCCCGGACAAAGGCACCGCUGGCACGCUCGCCACCGGAGCACCCAAGCUGUCGACGGGCCCAGCCGGCGCUGGGCGCCUGUCUGGAUGGGGAUGGGCACAUCGUGAACCCGCCAUAUCCGCGGCCACGAGCUGACUGGCUCGGGCUGGAACUGUUGUCCGGACAAAGAAAUCAAAAACUAACCAAUUCCCCGGUGCUUCGGUCUCUGCAUCUUCCAGGCCGAGCCACUUCUCAUCCACACUGGCACACCGACGACUCUCCUCUUCUCGAGACAUUCCCGACUCCCUUGUCAGCAAGCAGCCGGCCUAUCGCAAUCCAGCUCCCACCAGCGAAGUCCACCGCUGCAGACGGCACGCCUGUCCGCACCCCGCCUGCACCACUCUCCGCCCGUGGCGAUCUCCCUGGAGGCUACUUUCCACUUCACGAGGAGCAGACCAGGACCUACCAACCUCAUCCUUUUCACCUGGAUGCCACAAAAGCACGCAAGCGAUCAAUCCAGAUCGCUCACAAAGAGUCCCAGCCACCCACCACCCUCCCAACUUCUUCAAAGACUGCAGACUCCAGCUAUUUCGCCGCCACUGCGCCCGCAUCAGCAUCGCCCACCAUGGCUCGGUCGUCCAAUCUCAAGGCUCCAGAGUCCAGCAGUAGCCGUAUCCGCGCCUCGGCGGCCUCGCCAACAUCGUCCAGAACCACUACCCCGGUAGCGGCUUACAACCCAAGACCAUACUCCGAGAACCCGCUGCCCAUGGGCAAAUACUAUCCUUCAAACUAUGAGCAACGAAAGGCCGAUAAACAUGGCCGGCAGUUGUCGUCUUCGUCUUCGUCCAAACAUGCGAGAUCUCCUUCAGCUACUGGCUCAUCCGGCCGUGCGCACAUCGGUCCAGGACAACCCCGGCACGAGUCAGAUGCGAAACGGAGGAUCCAGCAGUACCAGCGGGAUAUGAUUGCUCAAGCGACGUUGGCACUCAACAACGGGAGCCUGAGUCCAGCUGCAUUGCAGUCGUUGAGGUCCAUUGGUUUCGAAAGCAUAUCCAACUCGAAUCCUUCCAAGCCUCGAUUAGAGCCUCUCGGAAGUCCUGGGCCAGUCACACCCAUGGAACUCGGAGGGUCCGAUGGCUAUCUCUCUGCUCAUGGACCCGUAGAUGCCGUUCAAGCUGAGGAGAUAGCGAGAGUCAUCAGAGCUGAAGAUGAGCGCAAGCGAAGAGAGGGUGCCAUCUCGCCAGCAGUCGAACUCGGACCCAUCACUUUCUGACCUGGGCAUAAGGAGCAUACGGCAGCCGGGCAUGAAUCAGCAAGACUUGUGGUCUUGAGUUUCGGCCUUGGACAACCACUCAAAAGUCUUCAGUUUUGUUUUCAAUAUGCUUUUUUCAGGAACUCGACUUGUCUGUCUAGCCUUGGGAACGGCGAAAAUGGUUCAUUAGAUUGGGGCAACUCAAGUGGGGUGCGCAUGAU